AUGACAGUGACGAUGUCGAAUCUGCAACCAGCUCCGAUACCGGCGAAACGGUCUGGAAAGAGCCCAGGCAACGGUCAGCUGGCGUCGGGUCAUGACUACACUCUCAGCCGACUAGGCAGAGGGAAGCUCCUUUUAGGUUGUUCCGACAAGAGGAUUACAUCAACGCUACACCAAGACAGGAGACUGCAACCAAACCGGAGGCCAUUCCAGUUGAACCAUCUCUUCUACAAUCCAUUUGCACGCUUCGCAAUUACGCCAGUCCCAGAGCAGAGUCAAUCGUAA